AUGGGUAUUAAAGGUUUAACAGGUAUUAUCUCUGAAAAUGCACCACUUUCUAUUCGUAAAAGUGAAAUAAAAGCCUUCUUCGGUCGUAAGGUUGCUAUUGAUGCAUCAAUGUCCUUAUAUCAAUUCUUAAUUGCCGUGAGACAACAAGAUGGUGGACAAUUGACUAAUGAGAAUGGUGAAACUACUUCACAUUUAAUGGGUAUGUUUUAUCGUACUUUACGUAUGAUUGAUAAUGGUAUUAAACCAUGUUACGUAUUUGAUGGUAAACCACCAGUAUUAAAAUCUCAUGAAUUAGGUAAACGUUCAGUACGUAGAGAAGAAACAGAAAAAAAAUUGGCAGAGGCUACUGAUGAAGCUGAAAGAAUGAAGCAAGAGAGAAGGUUAGUUAAAGUUUCAAAAGAACAUAAUGAUGAAGCCAAAAAAUUAUUAGGCUUGAUGGGAAUUCCGUAUGUUAAUGCCCCAGGGGAAGCAGAAGCUCAAUGUGCAGAAUUAGCUAAGAAAGGUAAAGUAUAUGCUGCCGCAAGUGAAGAUAUGGAUACAUUAUGUUAUAGAACACCUUAUUUACUGAGACAUUUAACAUUUUCUGAAGCUAAGAAAGAACCAAUCCAAGAGAUAAGUACCGAAGCAGUUUUAGAAGGUAUGGAUCUUACAAUUGAUCAAUUUAUUGAUCUUGGUAUUAUGUUAGGAUGUGAUUAUUGUGAUAAUAUAAGAGGUGUUGGUCCAGUUACAGCUUUAAAAUUAAUGAAAGAGUUUGGUUCUUUGGAAAAAAUUGUUGAAUCUAUAGAGAAUGAUACAACAAAGACAAAAUGGAAAGUUCCAGAAAAUUGGCCAUAUAAGGAGGCUCGUGAUCUAUUUGUUCAUCCUGAUGUUAUUGAUGGUAAUGAAAUUAAUUUAAAAUGGGAACCUCCAAAGGAACAAGAAUUAAUUGAUUAUCUGUGUAAAGAAAAACUUUUCAACGAAGAUAGAGUUAAGUCUGGUAUUGAAAGAUUAAAAAAAGGUUUAAAAUCAGGUACACAAGGUCGUCUUGAUAGUUUCUUUAAAGCUGUUCCAAAAACUAAAGAACAAUUAGCUGCAGCUGCUGCAAAGGCUAAAGCCAACAAGAAAAAUGCAAAAGGUAAAGGCAGGAUUGGUAAAGGUAGACGUUAA